AUGACAUCUUGGGAACAGGCUCUAGCCUGCCCCGUGUGUGGUGACUCAUCCCUCUACACUCGGAAGGAAGUACAAAUAGGAAAUGCCUACCAGAUUGGAAGGCAUUGUGCUUGCAGCUUCCUUGCUAUAGCAGCUUCCCUGUGGGAUACAAGGACACAAACAACAAGGAGUUACCAGAAGGAUAGCAUCACUCUCGCAGAGAUUCCACCCAGCCCAUCAAGAGUAGCCUUCUUAAUGCCAGCUGAAGAUCUUCAGAUGAACACCACCUCAGAAGAAGCAUGGCCAGUUUGCAGAGGACAUUUCGUCUACUUAAAAGCAGAUGAUUUGGCCCAAUGGCCUGCCAAUCAAACCAGGGAACCCUUGUCAAUGGCUCAGCCCAAGGAUGUGCCAGUUUUCGACUCCUUCCAACUAAGCCCGAGGAAAGAAGGUGACCAUGAGGUGGUCUUCGACUACUUAGAAGGUCAUUGCAGGCCCCGUAAAAGUGAAGCUUACGAACGCUUCCUCUUCCGGGCCCGUUUCCAGGGGCUUCGUGAGCCAUUCGAAGAUUUUGUGGCUGACUUGCAGUACAAGAGUCAUUUCUGUAACUUUGGAGACCAGCGUGUGUCUAUGGUGAGGGAUCAGGUGAUCGUGGGCUGCCGAGACCGUCUAGUCAGGCAACAGUUGCUUCAUCAUGAUCAUCUGGGUCUUGAGGAAGCUCUGCAGAUUUGCCGUUGGGCAGAGGAGAAGCAACCUCAGCCCACUGAGGAUUCCUGUAGACAUCCCAAAAUGAGUUCAGAUGAGGAGAAGGUUUUAUUCCAGAAGGGACAUGCCAAAGAGAAGAAGCACCAGACCUCACGAAGGAAAGCACGGGGAGCCGUUGCAGAUGACCUCCCUGGAGUGAAGAUGUCCUCCUUAGACCCCCUCCCUCCCGCCACGCCUCCCUCCCAGAAACCCACUCGCAUCAUCAAGCCUCGCCCACCCACCAGGCCGCGCCCCUACCUGCCCCCCAGGCCAGACUCCACUAAGCUGCUCCGGGUCCCUACCCCUCCUUUGCCGCUGGAGAAAGAUGGGUGCUCUCAGGUCACCGAAGUGCCCGGUGGCCCACCUCAGCCCUUGCACAAGCUGCAGAAAUCUGGUGCCGUUCGCAAGAUCGUGGUACACUUCGAUCGAGCGGGUCCUCCAGAGAAGGAAGAAGCCGAAAAAAUGGUCCGAUCGCCGCCUUCCAGCUGCCAGCAGGAUGAGAACCAGGAAGAGGCGGCCAUUAAAGAAAAAGAGGAGGCUGGGAGUUCUCAUUCUUGCAAGGACACCCAGCCGUCCAUGUUGUCGAUGGUAGAGCAGAACGGGCUGGAUUUGCCCACUUCCUGCCUGUCCGGCUGCCCCUGUGUUUGCCAUCAACAAAACCCAGGGAUGGUCUUGAUUUGGGUCCCUGCAACUUCCUGGCUGCAAGAGGGGGAUAUGGAGAACGGGCUGGCCUCAGACCUAUCAUCCUCUGCCGACGAAGGGGGGGCCUCCUUCCAAAAAUUCCUGGGACUCGGUGCACCGCCUACCCAGCCUUCCUCCACUGCAGCGGGCAAGGUCCCGAAAUCUCGCCGCUUGUCCCGAAGCAAAAAGCCUGUUGACUCCCCGCCGUCCACCAACGGGCACCCCGAAGGGGGUGUGGUCCUGACAAGCUACCGCUCCACAGCCGAGCCCCUUCCCCUACGCUGCCCGCCGUUGAUGCCCAAGCCGCCCCGUCGCAACAAGGGAGGUGGCUCUCUCUCUCUGGAUGGCGAGCUCCUACCUCCGGCCAUCCCACCGAAAGCCCCCGUGAAACCGCCCCGCAGCUCCUUGGGAUCCUCGGCUCGUCGGAGUUCCCUCCAAUACCCGCUUGAGAUGAACCACCUUCCUGGCCGGGUCUCCCCUUUUGCUGUUGAGGAAGGCUUUCUCAUGUUGCCUCCCCCCACCCAGCCACCCCCACCUCCCCCCAAUUCUCAGACCCCUCCGCCCCUCUCCAUUUCUCAGACUCGCUCCCAGAUGUGCUCAGCCCCCCCUCCGCCCUCCCAGCCCCCUCCCCUGCUGCCCCAGGGUCUCCCUCCUCCGCCAACUCAGCCACCGCCACCUCUGGAAAGUUCACCUCUGGAUGACAGCCCUUUCCAAGGCGGCUGUGAAAAUGAAGAGAGCAGUUUCAGCGACUCAGAGACGGACAAGUCAGACAACAGGCAUUCUUCAGUGCUACCGUCUAAGAGUCCAGACUGGGGGCUUUGCUUGCAGGACGAGCCUUUGUAUCAAACAUAUCGCCAGGCUGUCAUCUCCAAAGAGAUCAAGAGGCAAACGGUUCCCCACAACAGUAGUUUCAGCAGCUCGGACUACAGAGCCCCUUCUCCUGGGGAAGGGUCGACGGGGCCCCAGGGCUCCAUCCCUCACAGCACCCUUUGGCAGGAGCUGCCCGCUGUACGAGAAAGUGGCGUUUUGGAAAACAUCAGCCCAGAAGAAAGGAAAAUGCAGGAGAGUCUCUUUGAGGUGGUGACCUCUGAAGCCUCUUACCUCCGCUCGCUCGCCCUUCUGAUCGAGCACUUCCUGGAGUCUCGGGAGCUGGCUGGCACCAUCCUUCUGCGCGAGCACCGCAUUCUUUUCUCCAACAUACGCAAAGUCCAAGAAGUCAGCGAAAGGUUCUUACGGGAUCUGGAAUGGCGGUUGGCUGAGAGCCUGCAGAUCUCAGACGUUUGUGAUAUUGUGGAGGAUCACGCUCAACAGAGCUUCUCGGUCUACAUUGAUUACGUCCGUAACCAGCUCUACCAGGAGAAGACCUAUAGUAGCCUCAUGGAGAAGAACCCCCAGUUUGCCAUCGUUGUGACCCGACUCCAGGAGCAGCCCCAGUGCCAACGCCUCCCCUUCAUGUCUUUCUUGCUGCUUCCUUUCCAGAGGAUCACUCGUAUCAAGAUGCUCUUGGAGAAUAUUCUGCGCCGGACAGAGGAAGCUUCUUUGCGAGAACAAAACGCCAUGAAGGCUCUAGCUUCUGUUUCCAAGAUCAUAGAGGAAUGUAACUCCGAGGUCGGCCGGAUGCGUCAUAUGGAAGAGCUGAUCCACACGGCCAGCAAGAUUGAGUUUGAUAAGCUGAAGGCCGUUCCAAUCAUUUCUCAGAGCCGACAGCUGCUAAAGCAGGGGGAGCUCUUGGAAGUUGUGCAUCGUGGCACCAUCUUUGGCAACAAGCCCAAACUGGUCCCCAUCUACCUGUUCCUCUUCAAUGACCUGCUGUUGGUCACUCAGCGCAAGAGCUCAGAACGCUUUGUGGUGCUGGAUUAUGCCCAUCGCUCGCUGGUCCAUGCCCAGAACUGCGAGGACGCCUCCAACAGCCCAAAUGCAGAGAACAGCUUCUAUCUGACAUUGAUGGAGAACCACCAAGGGCGGAGUAGUGAACGCCUCUGUCGAGCCCCGACGCAAUCCGAUAUGCACCGCUGGAUGGGUGCUUUCCCAUGCCAUGAAUCCCAAGCUAAUAACAAGCAGGAAACCAUCUAUGAAGAUUGGGAUUGUCCCCAGGUUCAGUGCACAGAGACCUACAGCGCAACCCAGGCAGACGAGCUGAAUCUCGAACCAACAGACAUAGUCAACGUGUUACGCAAAACCGAGGGCUGGUACGAGGGCAUACGCCUAGCCGAUGGCAAGAAGGGCUGGUUCCCCUCUUCCUACGUGCAGGAGAUCACAAACGAACACGUACGCCGCCGCAACCUCCGUGAGCGUUACCGUGUCCUCCAGGUGGCUCGCCAGCUGCAGCUGAUGCGCACCAAUUGCGUCAAAAGCAAGUACAGCUCAGCCUGAGACUGAAGCUGCACAG